AUGCCACCUCAACCAUUCAAAACAAUCUACCGGAUCCAAAUCAAGGAUUUCAAAAUUCCAGUGUCGGGAAAAUUCUUCUCCAACACACAAGCCCCAGUUUGUGGGUCCACCAUCUUUAUUUUAUUGAAACGCUAUCCCAAUGAAGCAGAUAUUUCUCGAUUAGUCUCUUUAAUCCGUUCUCAUCAUUCCAUUGUCCAUGUUAAAGCAUCGGCAGCUCCAUCAGGAGGAUCCCAACCGAAAACUAUGUAUUCUGUAUCAUCCAAGACCAAUGGGAUGGGAUUAAUUGAAAAUGAUGAUCAUUUUGGGAACUUUUUUGGGUGGUUUUCACCCUCCGAAAAUCCCUUUCCGGUUUAUGCUACAACUAUUCAAGUAUCUGGAAGUGGGACGAAAACUCUUCCUGAUUUUCAUCCGUUAAUAUCCGAUGGAUGCUCGAUUUCAAUCACUUAUCAGGAUCAUGUUCCUGACGACUCAUUACAAAAUAUCACAUUGCGUUGGACCAAUCCUGGAGAUUCUGGAAAUUUCUUAGUUAUUCGAAUCGGCGGAAAAUAUUUAGGAGGCAGUGCAGAUUUUAUGGGAGUCAAUUACAAAAUGGCACUGGAUUACAAUUACUUGGGUCAGGAUGUACAGAACCUCCAGAUUCGAAUCUACAGUAAUUUUCCACUGACCAACAACUGGCUACCAUACAAAAAGCCUUUUGAAUUAUUGAGGUGGGGGGACAGGAGAUUUUACGGGGGAUUUUUGGGGCCAGAGUAUGCAUUCUACCGUAACGGUGUACAACGCUUAAUGUCACUCUGCGUACAUCUGUCGCCCUCGCCUUUAUGUAUGCAAUCGGGCAGCGGCUUUCUCUUUGCACGCGUAGCUCAGUCGGUAGCGGCGCCGCACCUUCAACACUCGCCUCGACAAGUUCAACUCCUCGAGGAGCAUAUUUAA